UCACAGUUCUCCAACUGGGUUUGUUGAGUGAAGUUUAAAGUGCACUUCUGAAAUAACAACCAUGACCAAUACGGAUCUGAAAGCCCUUGAGCUCCUUUUCCAGCGACCUCUGGAACCGGCGUUCACCACUCGUGACUCGGGUAAAACCGUUCUGGAACUGCCCGAUAGUUUCUACACGGAUCGCUAUCGCAAUGAUUCCGAGGAGGUGGGCAAUCGGUUCGCCAAGGAUGUGGACCUGAAAAUCCCAAUCCAAGAGUUGUCCAACGUUCCCAACCUGGACUUUACCAAAAAGGUUGGCUUGAAGGAUCAGUUCUCCUUGUUUAACAAUCGCCAUCGGGAUAUCGCCAGCGAGCUGAUCACUAUUUUCAUGGGUGCCCCGAAUCUCAGGCAAUUCGUAUCCCUCUCCGUUUACACCAAGGAUCGUGUAAAUCCUGUAUUGUUCCAGUACGCCUAUGCUGUGGCAAUUGCCCAUCGUCCAGAUACGAGGGAAGUGCCUAUUACCAACAUCUCUCAGGUCUUCCCAAGCAACUUCGUUGAGCCUUCGACCUUCAGGGAUGCCCGUCAGGAGGCCUCUGUAAUUGGGGAGAGCGGCGGUCGAGUCCAUAUAGAUAUUCCGCGCAACUACACGGCCUCGGAUCGCGAGGAUGAGCAGCGCCUGGCCUAUUUCCGCGAGGAUAUCGGCGUGAACAGCCACCAUUGGCACUGGCACUUGGUCUACCCCACCACCGGACCCCGUGAGGUGGUCAACAAGGAUCGUCGUGGCGAACUCUUCUACUACAUGCACCACCAGAUCCUGGCCCGCUACAACGUGGAGCGUUUCUGCAACAACCUGAAGAGGGUGCAGCCACUGAAUAAUCUGCGUGUCGAGAUUCCUGAGGGUUACUUCCCCAAGAUCUUGUCCAGUCUGAACAACCGCACCUAUCCGGCUCGAGUGACCAACCAACUGCUGACUGACGUGAACCGCGAUGAUGCGACUAUUGAGAUCUCUGAUGUGGAACGCUGGCGCGAUCGCGUGUUGGCUGCCAUUGAUCAAGGAUACGUCGAGGAUCCCUCUGGCAACCGUACGCCAUUGGACGAUGUUCGUGGCAUCGAUAUCCUGGGCAACAUGAUUGAAGCCAGUCCAGUUGUAUCUGUCAACUAUAACUUCUAUGGCAAUCUGCACAACGAGGGUCACAACAUAAUCUCCUAUGCCCACGAUCCCGAUCAACGGCACUUGGAGUCCUUUGGUGUGAUGGGCGAUGUGACCACGGCGAUGAGGGAUCCGAUCUUCUACAGGUGGCACGGAUUCAUUGACUCGGUGUUCAACAAGUUCAAGACUCGCCUGGACCCCUACAAUGCUGCUCAGCUAAACUUCGAUGGUGUUAGCAUUGACUACAUCGAGGCCAAGAUUGGCGUGGGUUCUGCCAAGGCCAACACCCUGCUGACCUACUGGCAAAAGUCGAGUGCCGAUUUGGCAGCUGGUCUGGACUUUGGUCCCUCGGCCGAUGGCAACAUCUUUGCCUCAUUCACGCAUCUGCAGAAUGCUCCCUUCACCUAUACCUUCAAUGUGACCAAUAAUGGAGCUAAAAGGACGGGAACCUGCCGCAUCUUCAUCUGCCCCAAGGUGGAUGAGCGUAAUCAGCCACUGCGACUGGAGGAGCAGCGACUAAUGGCCAUUGAAAUGGACAAGUUUACUGUUGAUUUGGUCCCGGGUGUGAACACCAUUCGCCGCCAGUCGACGGAGUCCUCGGUGGCCAUUCCCUUCGAGCGCUCGUUCCGGCCAAUUGGAGCGGACUAUCAGCCCAAGGCCGCCGAUGAGCUGGCCCGCUUCCGCUUCUGCGGCUGUGGGUGGCCACAGCACCUCCUGCUGCCCAAGGGCAACGCCCAGGGAAUGCUCUUCGAUCUGUUCGUCAUGAUUUCCGACUACUCGCAGGACGCCGUUCAGCAGCCCAACACAGUCAAUGAUGCCUGCAGCACGGCUUACUCGUUCUGCGGUCUGAAGGAUAAGCUGUAUCCCGACCGACGCACCAUGGGCUAUCCCUUCGACAGGCGACUGCCCAAUGCCAAUCUCACCGAAUUGGUCGGCGCCUUCGGCAACAUGGCCAAGACCGAUUUGAGGAUUGUCUUCAACGAUCGCGUGAUUGACAAGGCCUAGGUGAUUGAGAAUAUAAUUUUCAACUGCCUUUAGGGAUCAACGAAACAGGACUUGAAAAGGAAUAACUCUUGGAACCUGAAACUCUCUAUAAAUUUACAUCUACAAAAAAGUGCGUCUCCAUUUGGUGUUUUAUCGUUUAAGAUUAUAUUUUAUUAAAAUAAAUAUAUUAUAUGCAAGCAUAAAUCUAAAAAUA